AAUACGUGUUUACAAAGCAAGUGAUGAAAUGAUUUGAUUAUUUGAUUCAUUAGUUUUGUCACUAAUUUUAUAAAUAUUUUUAUUUUUUGAUUAUUUUCAACAUUUAGUUAUAUUUAUAACAAUCACUAAAUUAGUUAUAAUAAUGUUAGACAUUGAGGACAGAGAAGACACGGAGGACACUGAAGACACAGAAGAUAGGGGUGAUAAUGAAGACAGCGUUGAGUUGAGAGCCCGCCGUAAGAUAAUUGACGCCAAGUUGAAGGCCAGACCCGAAUUAUGUGGAUGUGAUUCGUGGACACAACACAACUACAGCCAAACUUUUGAUUUGAGUACCGAUAACAUUGAAGACACUGUUGACCGAAUCGAUGCCAAAGAGGUGAGACCCGAACAGUUCGUCGAAAAAUAUGAAAAGCUGUACCGACCCGUUGUCAUCACUUCCUUAUGUGAUAAUUGGAAAGCAUGUCAUAAGUGGACACUUGCAAGAUUGGCAAAGAAGUACAGAAACCAGAAGUUCAAAUGCGGUGAAGACAAUGAAGGAUAUAGUGUUAAGCUUAAGAUGAAGUAUUUCGUUCAUUACAUGAAAAACAAUUCAGAUGACAGUCCUCUAUAUAUAUUUGACAGCAAUUAUGGAGAGCACUGCCGAAAGAAGAAACUUCUUGAAGACUAUAAGCUUCCCGAGUAUUUCAGCGAUGAUUUGUUUCAAUACGUUGGAGAAGAGAGACGACCCCCAUAUCGAUGGUUUGUAAUGGGACCGCCACGUAGUGGCACCGGUAUCCAUAUCGAUCCAUUAGGUACAAGUGCUUGGAAUGCAUUGAUUAUGGGCUACAAAAGGUGGUGUUUAUUUCCGACUACAACUCCACGGGAACUAAUUAAAGUGAAGCCACAUGAAGGAGGCAAACAAUGUGAUGAAGCAAUCACUUGGUUUAAUGUGAUUUACCCAAAAACUAAGUCCCCUGAGUGGCCACAAGAGUUUAAACCGUUAGAGAUUAUUCAAAAACCCGGUGAAACAGUGUUUGUACCGAGUGGUUGGUGGCACGUAGUCAUCAAUCUAACAAACACUGUGGCUGUCACUCAAAACUUCUGCAGUUUCACAAAUUUUAGUGUUGUUUGGCAUAAAACUAUUAGAGGAAGACCUAAAUUGUCACAAAAGUGGUUAUUAGUACUUAAAGAGAAAAUACCAGAGUUGGCUGCAAUUGCAGAGAGAGUUGAUUUGAGUCAAAGCACAGGUGUAGCCUCUGAUAGCUCUAGUGAUGACAGUUCGAGCAGCAGUUCCAGUUCAGACUCAGAGUGCUGUUCCAGUGCUAACUCAGUUAGUGAUAAUGACUACGAUUCGGGUCAGGAAAGUAUUGGAAACAAAAAGCAUAGAAGGAAAAGACACAGAUCAUUGAGCCGUUCGUUUGAAGGCGAAAAUAGACAUCAAAAACACAAAAGUUGAUAAUAAUGCCAAUCAAUAGUUUAAAAAGUAAAAGUGCCAU